UAGGACUUGGGAGAGACGUGAAGCAACGAUAUUAUCCAUGGAAGAAACGAGAAAAACAGAGCUACCAUUUCCUCCCGAUCCAAACAAUCCGCAACAAAGAAAACACAAAAUCAGCCAGUGAAGAAAUCUGAUCCCGAAAAGAUGUCUGGACAAGCAGCGUUUCCAGGCCAUAUCACUGAAGAAAUCUUACUCGAGAUCUUCAACAGACUUCCAGCCAAAUCCCUGGGGAAAUGCAUGUGCGUUUCCAAAGCCUGGAAUUUUCUCAUCAAGAACCCAUUUUUCAUUUCCAGCCAUGCCCGCCAUCACUCAAAGCUUCGUUGCAGGAAUAACAACAAAAAUCUCUUCUUUGUCAUGACUGCCCGCCAUCAAGUGGAAUACUCGUUGCACUUCGAUGACCAAGAUUUCAGUAAGUACACCCAGUUAGAAUACAUGCCAUUUGAUAACCAUCACUUUGUUGUUGGUUCUUGCAAUGGGUUGCUCUGUUUGAUAGACUUUCAGUUUGGUUUCGAUAUCGUCUUCACCCUCUGCAACCCAAUUAUUAAAAAGUCCAUUACGCUCCCAAAACCAUGUUUGCGUCACUUGCCAUAUAAAAUUUCCGUUGGGUUUGGAUUUGAUUCUGUGAAAAAUGACUAUAAACUUCUGAAAAUCACCAAGGAAAAUGUAUUGGACAAAUUUGUUGAGGUUGAGCUUUACUCGUUCAACAGGAAUUCUUGGCGAACUUUAGCUCCGCUAAGAUAUGGUCUUUAUUCUGAUGAUUUCAUGGUUUUUGUGAAUGGAAUUGUUCAUUGGAUUGCUUAUGAAAGAGUGGAAGAUCAAGGGGUUUAUAGGUGUAAGUUUUUAAUUAUGGGGUUUGAUAUGAAGGAUGAUGUUUUCAAAGAGAUUAUGUUGCCUGGGAAUUUGAGGAAUUUGCCCAACCAGUCAGAGAUAUACGUAAUUCCAUAUGAAGAAUUAUCAUCAAUUGCUGUUAUUGAGUUGGGGUGUUUACAUACUCAGUGUAAUAUAUGGGUGAUGAAGAAAUAUGGUGUUGUAGAAACUUGGACUAAGAUGUUCAGUAUUGGGAAUCCAGGCCCUGAGCCAAUGCCAAGGGUUCUGGGGUUUGUGAAAAAUGGGGAUUUGAUAUUGGGAGCUUAUAAUAAUCUGCAACUGGUUUCCCUUGAUCCUGAGAGAAGUGAGCUUGGUUAUUUUGGAAUUCAAGGAACACGCUCUUAUGUUUCUACUUUCAUGGAGUGCCUAGUGUUGCUUGAUCAAGUAAAUGGAGAUGAUAUGACUGAGAAUGAUGUAAAGUCUGCGAGUAACGCUAAGCAUUCGAUUGAAAGUGCAGCUGAUGGUUUUACCAAACUUGCUACCAAUGGUGAAACAACCAAUGAUUCGAGUGAUGUCGAAGGAUGGAGAAGCAAUGAACUCUUUUGAGUAUGGGAGAAGGAUUACGGCUUAGAACAAUGCUGUCUUGUUCAUUAUCUUGUACAUGUGACCCUGAAAAUGAAGAAUCAAGCCUGUGUGUAUUGAGGUGCUGAAGCAUAAAGAAGACGUUGAUUAUUGUACAUGGAUAUCUUUAUUCAAUUAUGUUGAGUACUAAAAUGAUGAGACAUAUCUUGAUGUUUGUUAUAUGCUUGAAACUACAAAUGGGAUGAUCAUUAUUGUUUCCUCA